AUUGUCCCCCCUCUAGUGAUAGCGAGCCACCACGAAAUGAGAGAUGAGGGAAGACUCAGAAGUCUGUGUCAUAUUUCUCCCAGGAUUUUUUGCCUAAAAUUGCUAUAUUAUCAAAUUUUUAAUCCAUAUACACUUGUAUUGAUUGCAAAGGAACUGAAAGCUAGCUGUAUGUAAACAUGUGGGCCAAUGGAGAACAGCCCAACCAAUGGUGGCCGAUGUCUUACGGCUUUCCAAACCCUAACCCAACGCAAGAUGCCAGUGCAGACUGGGCGGCGAAGGCGGCGAUGUGGGCACAACAGAGGAUGGCACAGGAGGAAAUGGCCAAACAACACCAGCAGUACUAUGCCACAAUGCAGACAGCACCACCACCCCUCCCCACAGAGGCGGUGCCUGAUGGACCCCCUGGGGAACACCCUGACCUUCCACCUCCCCCUGGGGAAAGUUUUGAAGCUGUUAAACCCAAGGCUGUCAGUGAUACAGUUGCUAUGACAACAGAUAACUUAGAGACUGUUGCUAUGGAGGAUGAUCCUCCUGAGGAGGAUACUCUUGUUGAGCCCUCUGUUACAAGGCUGGACUAUAACCACGGGCAGCCUGUGAUACCAGAGGUUGGUCCUCCCCCACCCCUCCCUGGGAUGCAAACAUUUGACCAUAACCAUGGUUACACCCCAGCUCCUGCUGUCCAGCCGUAUGGACAUGUGCCAGCACAGCGCUUUGAUUAUGGACACCAGAGCGGCAGUCAGUGGUACGAUUACAGUGCCUACCACGGGGAGUAUAUGGCCAUGGAGCAGCCACUCCCAGUCCAUCACAAGGAGAUGAAGGCUGAACGCCCACAAAUGCCAUCUGCUAUGGAUUUCAGUUCAAUGUCUGAGGUCAAGAAGAAGGGAUUGCCACUAUGGAUCCGAGAAGGACUGGAGAAGCUGGAAAAACAAAAACAGAAAAAAGAGAACCAAAAAAAGUCCUUGAAUUCAUCCACUUCGUCACUGACGAAUAUUGCUGGGUAUGACCAUGGCAAGUUGUCUUCCCCUGUGCCAUCACCCAAGAAAGACGAAUCAGACAAGGAGGAAGCAAGCAGUGACGAAGAGCCGCCCAGCCCUCCUCGCCCCAGUCCACACAGACACAAGCAUUCCCGCAAGCACCAACACAGCAAGCAAAGCGAUAGUGACAGUGAGGAUGAACAUAGACAUAGGUCGUCACGGCGACAUCGCCACUCUCGUCACUCUAGAUCCCGGUCUUUAUCUCCCAAAAGGGUUGACUCUUCUUCUGAAGAAGAAAUUUCUAAACCUCUUUCAGAGGAGGAAAUGCUUAUGAAGGUGCGUCAGAUGCUCACUGAAGUCCUGCUGUCUGUAACAAAUGAACAACUCCAAGGUAUCGCCCAAGAGGCGUAUGACGAGACCAUGAAAGACCAUGUGGCACAAGAGCUGAGGAGCUCAGGGGGCCUUGCAGUGCUACGCGGAGGCCGCGAUCUAGGAGUCGCAGACUAUGGCGGGUCUGACUCUGAAUCUGAUAGUGAAUCAGAAGAAGAGUCGCCAGAAGAAGAAAAACCCAGACCACACCCCGUAGCAGAUGAAGACGAGAGGGCUGACGUAAGGAGGCAGGAGGAAGGCACGCCCCUUAAAAGGCGCUCACGCAGCCGCUCUUUGCGGCACGAGGAUCACGACGAUGCCACGCCCAGACGCUCUCGCAGCCAUUCCUUGCGGCACGAGGAUCACGACGAUGCCACGCCCAGACGCUCUCGCAGCCAUUCCUUGCGGCACGAGGAUCACGACGAUGCCACGCCCAGACGCUCUCGCAGCCAUUCCUUGCGGCACGAGGAUCACGACGAUGCCACGCCCAGACGCUCUCGCAGCCAUUCCUUGCGACAUGAGGACGAGGAGGAGAGGUCACCUUCAGGAGGACGCCAUGAGCGGGACGACAGCAGAGAACCCUCGUCGGCCGAGGAAAGUAGUCGAACAAGCUCACCCCACAGCCGAAAAAAGAAAUCCAGGAAGCAUAGGCAUAGAAGCCGGAGCUCUAGUCUAAGCUCAAGACGGAGGAGUAAACACAAGCGGAAAAGCAAGCGCGAUCGGAGCAGGUCGCGUGAUCGAUCCUCGAGCAAGUCGAAAAGCUUGCGGAGAUCUAAAAAGUACAGUCGUAGCAGGAGUAGAUCGAGUGAGCGCAGGCGGCGUAGUAGGAGCCGAUCCACCGAACAUAGAUACCGCAGUAGAAGCCGAUCGCCGAGAAGGAAGCACCGACGCAGUACAAGCACCUCGCCCUCCCGUCGGUAUAGGUCGGGUAAGAAGGGACAUAAAAGACGCUCCCGAUCGGCAUCAAGGUCACCUUCGCCAAGGCACAAGAGACAUUAACCACUCCGUUACCGAACCAUAACAACAAACGUAUGCAAGGAUGGGUUUUUGCGGUUUUCCUCAAUGAUUUUAUGUCUAGAUCGAGACAUUUUCUGUCUUUGCUACAAUAAUUUUAAGAUCCAAUUUAGGUAUUCAAUUAGGUAUGAAUGUAUCAUAAUUCAGAUGUUAUUUUAAAGACGUCGCAAUUCAUUCGGCUGUAAUAAUGAAGAAAUAAAGGCUUGCGCCAAACGUGAUGAUAUCUGGA